AUGCCUUCGUUGAGUGCCUACGAUUUGAACAAAAGAUACGUAUACGGCUCCAGUAGCUGGGGUGGGGGAGCACGAUGGGCCUUUUUUGCCAUUUUUAUUGCAGUGGUAAUCAUUGUGAUAUUAGGAACUUUUCGUGCCAAUAAGAAAAGGACUGCUCGAGGAAUAGAACCGAUCUAUGGUACUCGGUGGAUGACACCUCCAUCAUAUUUCCAAUCGCAACAUCAGUACAAUCAACCUCAAGGUAGAGACGCUGAUAUGCCUAGUGCUUAUGUCCCAGCAUAUUCUGCUAGAGCCAAUGAGUAUGAUAUGGGAUAUUAUGACCAGGACGGAGUAUUCCACGCAAAUCCAAACGCUAAGGCGUCGAUGCCACAAGGAAGCGGGGAUGCAAAUAUCGCACCUCCGGAGCAAACUCAUCAACGUACUACUAGCACGGCCACUGACGGAGUUCCUUUGAGCAGUACAGUUCCCGCCAGCGGUGGCGUGACGUUUACAGAUGAAGCCCGUCAAGCGCAAAGAACCUCGGAGGACUCGCUCGACAUGUACAGGCGUCCAGCAGGUGUUCCCGGCGCUUUUCCAUCACAAAGCAUGAAUAAUGGUACUCGUGAAUCCUCGCCUGAGUAUGGGCCACCUGCUAGCCCUCCACCCGAUUUGGGGUCUUCAUCGAGAGAUUCAGCCUUACCAAGCUUCAGCGAGAGCCCUCAUGCCUCCUCCAAAUUUGGAACCAAAGAGAAAUGA